GUCUAAUGAUACCAGAGCAUCAGUAGUUUGUGUCUAUAGUCUCUGCUGAUGAAAUAUUUGCUGAUGACACUGUUGGAGAUACAAAUACUUGUCUGGAUCAAAAAUUGUGUUUUAUGGAAACAGCUUAACAUAAAUUACACUCCAUGGUUUCUGCCCUCUUAAAGAGCCUGAUCUCAUCUUACAUACAUAAGAUUUGCAAAGGAAUGUUUACAAAGAAAUCGGGAAAUAGUACAAAAAGGAAAGAGAGUUGUCAGAGCAAAAAGGAACAAGACUUAACUCAGAUUGGACAAACAAAGAAUCCAAAAUUUUCAAAUACUUUAAAAAGCACUGUUAAAAAGAUUGCCAAGUGUCCAUCUGCACGCAACUUAUCAGCUGAAGAAGAGGAAAGUAAUAGAGAAUUUUCACUUUCUCCAACAUUCAGUUACAGAGUUGCUAUAGCCAAUGGACUGCAAAAGCACAUUUUUGUAACAAACAACAAUAAUGAAGAUAUAGUUCAAGAUCUGUCUUCAAAUGACAGUUCAUAUUCUGAGUCAUUAAGUGAAGUAAAAAGUAAUAGCAAGAAAAACGAAUACUUAUCACACACAAUGCCUGUGAGACGGAACAGAAAAAGCUUAAGCAGCCUUGCAGCAUCUGAUGGAAGUUCAGAUGGAGAACGCACUUUACACACACUGAAACUUGGAGCUUUAAGAAAACUAAGGAAAUGGAAGAAGAGCCAAGAAUGUGUCUCAUCAGACUCAGAACUAAGUACAUGGAAGAAAACAUGGGGCUUAAGAAGUAAAUCUCUAGACAGAACUGGCCGUCACCAGAAAUCAAAUACUCUAGAACCUGGCUUUAGUUCAACAGGUUGUAUUAGUCAAACCCAUGAUGUUAUGGAAAUGAUCUUCAAAGAGCUUCAGGGAAUAAGUCAAAUUGAAACAGAACUUUCUGAAUUAAGAGGGCAUGUUAAUGCUCUGAAACAAUCAAUUGAUGAGAUUUCUAGUAGUGUUGAAGUUGUACAGAAUGAAAUUGAACAAUUGCGAACUGGAUUUGUACAGUCCAGAAGAGAAACUCGGGAUAUACAUGACUACAUUAAGCAGAUAGGCCAUCCAGGAAACAAAGCAAGUCUGAGGUUUCUAAAUGUGCCUGAAGAGAGGCUUGAAAAAACUGAAAGCAUAGUUUACAAAAUAUUAAUAGAUAAAAUGGGGUUUUCAGAGGCACAAAGCUCUAUUAAAAUUGAGUUUGCCCAAAGACUGGGACAACAAAGAGACUGUCCAAAUGCAAAGCCAAGACCCAUUCUUGUUUACUUUGAGUCAUCACAACAGAGAGAUUUGAUUUUAAAAAAGUCUUAUAAACUUAAGGGAACUGGCAUUGGAAUUUCUACAGAUAUAUUUUCCCAUGACAUAAAAGACAAAAAAGAAAGAGGACUACCUUCCUCUCAGACAUAUGAGAGUAUGGAUAUGAAGCUUUUAACUGUGGAGACGAAAACAAAAAUGCAUGACUGGGAGUCACCUGACAGUGAUAAAGACUUGGAAUCAGAUAUAAAUAAGAACAGUUAUGCAAAGAUAUCUAAAUCAGCACUUCAAGUAAAAACAAGCACUGCAAAGGGGAGUAUUGAGUCCCCACAUACUAAAGACCUUAAUAGAACUGCUGACAACAGCACCUUUUCACACAGAAGAAAUUAUGGCAAUCAGUCACCAGAAUUUGACAACAUGGAAAAACAAUCAAAGACCUAUUAUUCAGACAUGGCUCCUUUGUGGCAUUUGCAGAACGACUUUGCAACACCAAAACUUAGCCGUUCAGAGUCAGAUUUCUCAAAAUUGUGUCAGUCUUACUCUGAGGAUUUUUCAGAAAAUCAGUAUUUUAGCAGAACAAAUGGCAGUUCACUGUUGUCUUCCUCCGAUCGAGAACUUUGGCAGCGAAGGCAAGACGAUUCUACAAACUGGUACGACAGUUCCCAGGAACAGACUUUUGUCCAAGAUAUGCAACAGUAUCCAGAGCAAAAUGAAGUAGAGAAUACAGAAACUGUUGACAGUGGAGUAAGCAAUGGAAUAAUAUGUGUAUCUGGAGACAAAAGCCUCUAUAGUGAUUCUCAGCUUUCUUUACAUGAUGAUCUUUCCCCAUGGAAAGAUUGGAAUCAGUUGGAACAAGGAGCAGAUUUGGGCCUAGACUCGUCCACACAGGAAGUUUUUGUGUAUGACAUGAGCAGCCUUUCGGAUCAACAGACAGAUUUUGGAAAGUGCCAAAGUUCUGACCUCCAGUAUGAUACUGAAAGCUAUGAUUUAACCCUUGAUGGUACUUCUCCAUCAUGUCCAGGCCUUGAUAGCGAAUCACAAAGUCAGUGGACUGGUCAAUACGAUGAUUAUCAGGAAACAAAUUCUAUUUCCUCUUAUCAGAAUCAAAACAGAUUGCCUAUGAUGUACCGAAGUCAGAGUGAACUACCAAGUGAUGACUCGGAAGAAACAGCCCCUAAAUCAUGGCAUAGCCGAUUAAGCAUAGACCUUUCUGAUAAGACUUUCAGCUUUCCUAAAUUUGGAUCUACACUUCAACGUGCCAAGUCAGCUUUAGAAGUAGUCUGGAAUAAAAGUACACAAAGUUUAAGUGGAUAUGAAGACAGUGGAUCAUCUUUCAUGGGAAGGUUUAGAACUUUAUCUCAGUCUACUGCAAAUGAAUCAAGUACAACACUCGAUUCUGAUGUUUAUGCUGAGCCUUAUUGCUACAAAGCAGAGUAUGAGGAAGACUUAAUUGAACCACCUGGUGAGAAUGAAACAGACUACGUAGAAGUAAUGGAACAAGUCCUUGCUAAACUAGAAAAUAGAACUAAUAGCAGUGAAACUAGUGAGCAGGUCCAAGAAUAUGAACCGGGGCAGCUUUCGUAUGAAACUCCAUAUACAAUACUACCAGAGGAGCAAUACGAUACGCAGCUUGACAGUGUGGACAGUGAAGAGAUAUUGGAAGUCGAAAGUGACAUGGCUGCUAUCAUAGAAGUAAGGGAAGAUGAAAAUCAGAAUGUCCCAGAGUUGCUUAUUGAAACUCCAAAGAAAAAAAGAAUACGACCAUCAUUUAAAGAAGCUGCUUUAAAAGCAUACAAGAAACAAAUGAAUGAUUUGGAAGAGAAGAUCUUUGCUGGAGAUAGCGGUUCUGUGGAUGAAAAGGCUCGGAUAGUAAGUGGAAGUUCCUUGGAUACUUCCAGACUUUAUGCAGUCCAGGCGUUUAGUGGUGCUGGCCGUGGGCUGUAUGGAAUUGAUAGCAUGCCAGACCUGCGUAGAAAGAAAUCUUUUCCCAUUGUUCGAGAUGUGGCUAUGACACUUGCAGCUCGGAAAUCUGGUAUUUCCAUGGCCAUGCUCAUCCGGACCUCCGUAAACAAUGAUGAAAUGAAAAUACAUGUCUUCAAGAAGACAUUGCAGGCUUUGAUCUAUCCAAUAUCAUCAACUACACCUCAUAACUUUGAAGUUUGGACAGCUACAACUCCCACAUACUGUUAUGAAUGUGAAGGUCUACUUUGGGGCAUAGCCAGACAAGGCAUGAGAUGCACUGAAUGUGGUGUCAAAUGCCAUGAGAAGUGCCAAGACCUCCUAAAUGCUGACUGUUUACAGAGAGCUGCUGAGAAAAGUUCCAAACAUGGUGCAGAAGAUAAAACACAGAAUAUUAUUGGUGCUAUGAAGGAAAGAAUGAAGAUUAGAGAGAAAAAUAGACCGGAAGUGUUUGAAGUGAUCCAGGAAAUGUUUAAUAUUUCCAAAGAAGAUUUUGUACAAUAUACAAAAGCAGCAAAACAAAGUGUUUUGGAUGGAACAUCCAAAUGGUCAGCAAAAAUAACCAUCACAGUUCUUUGUGCUCAGGGCUUACAGGCUAAGGACAAAACUGGCUCAAGUGACCCAUAUGUUACUGUGCAAGUUGGCAAAACCAAGCGGAGAACAAAGACUAUUUUUGGAAACUUGAAUCCAGUAUGGGAUGAAAAAUUCUAUUU